AUGUCUACAGUGAAUUUGGCGAGGUCGAAGACUUCGAGCCUGCAGCUGUUUCAGGAUGUCCCUGGUGCUGGUAUUGAUGCGUUACUGGUGACUACGUGUAAGCUCACGUUAACGGUUUCUCUUAUAGUUUGCGAGCAGUUCUGCGCGUUUGCGCUGCAGUGUUUGAAAGAGGGACUGAACGGCAAGCUGUGUUCCUUAGCUGCUGGUAUGUAUUAA